AUGGGUUUCCCUUCUACAUUCUCCCAGAAAAUUCUUUAUUUAUUUAUUCAGUGGUCCAUUCUCUUCAAUGAUAAGGUUCUAUCAUCUAUGACAUCAUUGACCCUUCAUGAUUUGACUGAUGUCUUGAAAGCUGAAGAUGAGAAAUAUGCAGAUGCUUUGAGAAUAGCAGGAGAGGCUUUCAAAGAAGUCGAGAAUCUUUUUAACAGCCCAAACUAUGAGAAUAGAGCAGACUGGAAGAAGGACGAAAGCAAUGAUGAAGGCGAUGUUGUAUAUGCUCACAGACAUAGAAAACCAAAAACUGUUACAAUCACGACCACUCUUGACACAACUCCUUCAACUGCAAUGAGAGAAACUUGGGACAAUUUCGAAAAGCUUCCAGAAUGGAAUGGUAACAUCAACUUUGCCUCAACCAUUGCGAAACCAACAGAGAAUUUUGAUGUCAUCACUUAUGGAAAUAAUGAUGUACUGAUAGUAAGUGGAAGAGAUUUUGUUUCUGCACGUGUUUAUCGCCAAAUCAGUGAUGGGUUUCUGAUGGCUUCACGAAGUGUAGUUCUCCCACAAUACCCUGAAGUUGAUGGUAAAGUAAGAGCUGAGUUGGUAUUAGCUGGAGCAAGGUUCAGACAUCACCCAGAAGAUCCAACUAAAACUAUCUGUGAUGUGAUCAUGCAAGCCGAUCUGAAAGGCUUUCUUCCCAAGUUUCUAGUCAAUCAGGUAAUAGGAAAAAUCAUGUUGAUGGACACGGUUACAAACCGCGAGCACUUCGCUGAAAUGAGUAAAAAGCAGGGGGAGGAUGCUCAAUAA